CCACCAUCGACUUACUAUCGGCCCUCUUCCUGUGACAUCACACACGAUCCAGUUCCGGUCUGAGGAGACUAGUUUUGUAUACCCAGCGUGGAUGGGUUCAGUCGGUGAAGUAGAAAGAGAGUGAGUAAGUGUGUACCUGAUGAAUAUCCAACAUUCGUCCAUCAUGUCUGACAAUAGGAAUAACAACCAACAUGCCAUGGGAUAUGAGCAUACUUUGAUGUAUGGCCAAUAUAAAGAGGAUCUAGAAGCGUAUGCAAAAGCGGAAGCACGAAGAAUAAAAUCACUUCAAAAGUUACGUAAAAAGGAAGAAGCAUUACGUCAAAAAGAAUUGCAAUCAUAUAGAAGUAAAUGGCAAAGGAAAUGUGCUGAUCAAUUUUCAAGAAUAUGGAAUUUGACUUUUGCCCGUGUUGGAGAAGAUUGGGUAUUUCUUGCAUUGCUUGGUAUUAUAUCUUCAUUACUUAGUUUUGCUAUGGAUCAUGCAAUAUCAAUAUGUCAGAGGACUCGGAUUUGGUUGUAUAGAGACCUAGCAUUACAUCCUGUUCUUCAAUAUUUAGCAUGGCUUGCUUUUCCUUUGACUUUAAUUUUAUUUUCUGCGGGUUUUGUACAUGUUGUAGCUCCACAAGCAAUAGGCUCUGGAAUACCUGAAAUGAAAACUGUAUUAAGAGGUGUUGUUUUGAAAGAAUAUUUAACCUUUAGGACUUUGGUAUCCAAGAUGAUUGGAUUGACUUGUUCUCUAGGAAGUGGUAUGCCAUUAGGAAAAGAGGGACCAUUCGUACAUGUUGCAAGUAUGGUAGCUGCAUUGCUGAGUAGAAUGGUGACUUCAUUUAAAGGAAUUUACGAGAAUGAGUCAAGAACUACUGAAAUGUUAGCAGCAGCUUGUGCAGUUGGUGUUGCUUGCAGUUUUGCUGCUCCAAUUGGAGGUGUAUUAUUUAGCAUUGAAGUAACAUCUGUGUUUUUUGCUGUGAGAAAUUAUUGGCGAGGCUUUUUUGCAGCAUGUUGUGGUGCUAUGGUAUGGAGGCUUUUGGGAGUCUGGUUUAAAGGCGAAGAAACAAUUACUGCUUUGUUUAAAACUAAUUUUCCUGUGGAUUUUCCAUAUGAUCCUAUAGAAUUAAUUGCCUAUUGCUUAAUAGGAAGUCUUUUAAUCAUUAUUUGUCUAAUAUUUUUUAUAACUAAAUAUUAUUAUAAACUGAUAAAUUUGCUAUCAUUUAAUUAAAUUUCUAACUCUUUUCAUGAUAGUCGAUUCUUAUAUCCUGCCAUUGUUACAACUAUCAUUGCAAGCAUCACCUUUCCAAAUGGAUUAGGUCAAUUUAUGGCUGCUGAGUUGACAACCCAUGAAGCAAUGCAUGAAUUAUUUAGCAAUAUUACAUGGAGUAGCAAGCAUCAAGAAGUAGAUGAUGCAAUUAUAGUUAGCCAUUGGUCAACACCACAUACAAGUAUUCAUAUUAAUUUGAUGAUAUUCAUUGUAAUGAAUUUUAUGAUGACAGCUUUGGCAGUUACUCUUCCAGUUCCUGCAGGAUUAUUUAUUCCCCUGUUUAAAAUGGGGGCAGCUUUUGGUCGUCUGGUUGGGGAGUGCUUGGCAAUUUGGUUACCUGAAAAUUUACAUUUAGGUGAUAGAGUAUUGAAGAUUAUUCCUGGUGGUUAUGCUGUUGUUGGUGCUGCUGCUUUAUCUGGAAGUGCUACUCACACCGUUUCCACAUCAGUCAUUGUUUUUGAAUUAACUGGUCAAAUGUCACAUAUAUUACCAGUAAUUGUAGCAGUUUUAAUAGCAAAUGCAGUCUCUCAGUCACUACAACCAUCUAUUUAUGAUAGUAUAAUUCAAAUUAAGAAGCUUCCAUAUUUGCCUCCAAUCAUAUCAACAUCAUCAGAAGCUCACAAUAUCUAUGUGGAAGAUAUCAUGGUAAGAGAUGUUGUGUAUGUUUGGCAGGGCAUAACAUAUCGAGAAGCAAAAGCUAUUUUGAAAGCCAAUAAGAGAUUGCAUUCAUUUCCACUUGUGGAAUCUUCUGAUUCCAUGAUCCUUCUUGGUUCCAUGCAAAGAAUGGAAAUUCUUCGUCUUUUAGAAAGACAUUUAGGAAGAGAACGCCGCCUGAAGGAAGUUGCAAGACGACAAUCAAAAGAUGAUGGAAUAUUGAAAGGAAUUCAAGAACAAAGAAGAACAUCUAGGUUUGAAAUCACUCCUGUUUCCUUUGUUGGAAAGCACUCUCCAAAAGGAUCUCCACCUCCUUCACCUCCUGCAACACCAACAACACCAAAAAAAUCCAUUUUAAAACAUUCUCCAAUGCAUUCCCCUUAUUCUACAAUUACAUCCAUGAGCAUAGCUUCACAUGAUUCCAGAUUACGACAAGCUUUUGAAGCUAUUUUUAGAAAGGCAUUGACAUUACAAGAUGCAUAUCCAAGUGACAAAGCAGAAGGAAGUGCUCCAACUACACCAACUAUGCCAAAAAGGGUUCAGUUGCCAAGGGAGAGAGUAAUUGAUAUGUCGCAAGAGGAGCAAUUAGCUUGGGAAGAAGAACAACUUAAUACAGCAUUAGAUCUCAGUAAAUGUCAUGUAGAUCCAGCUCCAUUCCAGUUGGUAGAACGUACUUCUCUUAUAAAGGUUCACUCCAUGUUUUCAUUGUUAGGAUUGAAUCAUGCAUAUGUCACUGCAACAGGAAGUUUAGUUGGAGUUGUUGCAUUAAAAGAGGUACGUCAAUCAAUUGAAAAAAUGCAUAGUGGGGGAUUUAUAAGAUCAACUCCCACUCCUUGUGAAGGUAGUGUCCUUUCGGGAAGUGGACAUCAUCAUUUAGACACAGCUUCAGAACCACCUUCUGAGGCACCUUCUGAAGCUCCUUCAGAAGCAGAUACACAGUCAGAACCAGAAGACAUUCCAGAACCACAUCGUCUUUCAAGUAUUCUCAGGAAUCAUAAGAGAAACAGUCAUAAUUCAACAUCACCUGUUUGAUGUGUUUUAUAAAUUUCCAACUUUUGUGCUCAACAAACUUUUAAGUAUCACUCCCACUUUAACUUUGUAUCAAACUUUUCUACUUAGUGUUUGCUUGUAUAUAGUUGUUCUUCCAGAAUUUGUCUUCAUGCAUGAAUUAAUUAUUUCAAGUAAAAGGGUCCCUUUUAUAUAUUCCAGGGGUUGUUUUUAGUACCAAAGGUGAAAGUUUAUCGUGCUGAAGAUACAAAGAAAAUUAAUGCAUUAGAUAUAUAAACUCUUAUGAAAUUGAUUAAUCAGUGCAGCAUAAAUCAUUGUGAUAUUUUAAAAUUUGUCAGUGAAAUGAUAAAAUAUUUCAUAUUUAAAAGAUAAAUUUAAUUCUAAAAGUGCCUUAUAUUUUAUUAAAAAUUUGUUACAGUUUGUUACAGUAAAAUUGAUUAUUAUUUUAGUAGUUAUUUCACUUUUUAUGUAUAGAAUUUUUGAAAUUAUUUCAACUGUGGUAAUAAUUGGUCUCAAUUAUUCAUAUUUCUAAUAUGGCAAAAAUAUUUUGUAGUUUUAACUUAAAAAAAAUAGUAAAAGUAAACAAGAAGGAAUAUUUAGUCAAAAGCACUUCAAAUAUAAUAAAUAUUCAAGUUUGGAUUGAUAUAUAAACUGAUUUAACAGUGUCUUUUUUUGAGAAGUUUUUUAGUGAAGUGUGUUUCAAAAUUUUGGGAAUUGUUCUUAAAAAUUAGUGUAAUUAAGAGAUGUGCCAUAUCUUUCAAGGAAUUUGAGCUGUAUAUGAGUAAGUUGAUAAAAUUUUCGACUUUAAUAAAUGAUAUUUAUUA